UCUGUCCUCGAGGUAGAUUGAGAAGCCAGCAGCCUGCUUUUUGAGUAAUUACAUUUGCUGUCUACUGAACCCACUUACAACCUUCUUUUUUGCCCCCCACCCCUACCAAGGAGAUUAGCUCUGUGUAAUUUGUCAAAUGUGAUAAGGUAGUGGUUGGUGCAAUUAAGAAAGCAUGGCAUAAGCUGGGAUUUGUUGUGUAUAUUAAGGCGGUGGUGAAUGCAGAACUAUUGCUACUCCGUUACAGAAUGGGUCAAGCUGCUACCUUGCCUUGUAGGAGAGGCGAGUCUUAUGUUACAGACCUGUACGAAUGGUUCAGAAAGUUUAUUAAUGAAUGUCCAAGUGGGCUGAUCACUCUUCAUGAGUUUCAAAGGCAUUUCUGCAAUGGAACAGUGGGCAGUGAGUCGGCUGAGUACGCAGAACAGAUAUUCCGCACACUGGACAGUAAUGGGGAUGGGGUGGUUGAUUUCAGGGAGUACGUCAUGGCCAUCAGCAUGCUUAUUGAAGGUUCAGCUGUGGAGAAGCUGCGGUGGUCUUUUAAGCUGUAUGACAAAGACAGAGAUGGAGCCAUUACAAAGGAGGAAAUGCUGGAGAUCAUGCAGGCUGUUUAUAAGAUGAGCGAAGCAGCUGCUUUAACCAAACCCAGCCUACUUACAGCUGAAGAAUGUACCAACAGGAUAUUUGUGCGAUUAGAUAAAGACAAUAAUGCCGUCAUCAGUCUGGAGGAGUUCAUAGAGGGAGCGCUGGAUGAUGAUUGGAUCAGGGAGAUGCUGGAAUGUGACCCCAGCACUGUGAAGGUGGAGAGGCCCCUGAGGAGGGACACCAUUCUGGGGAGCCAUGGUUGACCUGAAGUGGGGUAUUCUAUUCAGUGGGAGCGGGGAAAUUAACCGGUCAAUGUUUGGACUGAAAUUUCAAGGAAUUUUUGCAGCAACACAGCUUCCAUUCACUGUGAGAAAUUAUAUCACGGCCUGUUUAGUAACUUAAAGGUAGAUGCUGCUGAGCACUAGAAAAUGUAUUUAUUUUUAAUAAAUAUGAAAUCGCAAUAGGAAAUUCCUUUUUUUUUUUGCCUUGUUGCUUUAUUUUGUAUUGUUUUUCUUCUGUUGUUUGGAUCGGUGCUUUGUGUAGUAGUAGUUAUUGUGCUGGUGUUUUCUUUGCUGCGUCAUUUGAUGGAGUUUUUAAUAUUUCUGUAUCAUGAGACAAUUAAAUUGUACUUGUCCUGGUCAUAUUAUAUUAUUAGAUAUCCAGUCUGCACCAGAUUAACUUGCACCAGGCAACAGACGCAAAAUAAAUAGUAAACAUACUGUAAUGGGAUUUGCAAUGAUGUCUUCCCUUGACCCUGCACUAUCUGCUCUGCAUACAUGUCUGCUGUCCAAUUAUGGGCCUCAGCAGUAGAUAGUUAACACACACCAGUGGUGGAAAGUAACUAAGUACAUUUAGAGAAGUACUGUAACUACAUUCUUGAGUUGGGCUUUUUGUACUUACUUGGGUAUUUCCACUUAAAUGCUACUUUGUACUUUUACACCACUUCUGUAAUACUGAUCUUUUUACUCCUCUACAUUUAUCUGACACCUAUAGUAGCCUAACUAAUUGCUUUGCAUACCUAAUUAAUAUCAAUAACAUCAAUAAUAAUAAUCUAAUAAUAUAUCUGUAUGUUGAGUAGUUUUACUUGUAUGUAAUGUACAUCUUAUUAAUACUUCUGUGCAUUUAUGUGAAUAAAUCUUAACCUUUA